AUGGCUGGUGCUCUCACUGAAGGCGGAAACUCCGCCUUCCGCAACCACAACAACGACUUUGCUCAUGUCGAAGACCCCAUUGAGCGUCGUCGCUUGGCUCUGGCCGAGAUUGACAAUGCCAAGUUCGGCUGGUAUCACGUUCGUGCUAUCGUCGUGGCGGGUGUGGGUUUCUUCACUGACUCCUACGAUAUCUUCGCCAUCAACUUGGCCUCGGCCAUGUUGGGUGUUGUCUUCUGGCAGGAUGCGAAGACCAACGUGGGCAAGAUCCCCUCUACCGCUGAUACUGCCAUCAAGGUCUCGACCUCCGGUGGUACUGUGAUCGGUCAGCUCGCCUUCGGUUGGCUUGCGGACCGCAUCGGUCGUAAGCGCAUGUACGGUAUUGAGUUGAUCAUUAUCAUCAUGGCCACUCUCGCCCAGGCUCUCUCCUCCGACUCUCGUGCUAUCUCUAUCGUUGGUAUCCUCAUCUUCUGGCGUGUGAUUAUGGGUAUCGGUAUUGGUGGCGACUAUCCUCUUUCUUCUAUCAUCACAUCUGAGUUCGCUACGACAAAAUGGCGCGGUGCUAUGAUGGGUUCCGUCUUCGCCAUGCAGGGUAUCGGUCAGUUCGCGGCUGCUAUCGUGGCCCUGAUCGUGACUACUGGCUUCAAGGAGUCUCUGGAGACUGCUAGCUCCGUUGCCAAGUGCUCUGGUGUUUGCCAGCUCGCUGUCGACAAGAUGUGGCGUGUCGUGAUCGGCUUCGGUGCUGUUCCCGCUUGCGUUGCCCUCUACUACCGUCUCACUAUCCCCGAGACUCCCCGUUACACCUUCGAUGUUGCUCGUGAUAUCGUCAAGGCCGAUGAGGAUGUCCGUGCCUACAUUGCUGGCAAGCGCGAGGGCCACCCUGAUGAGGUCCGCCGUGCGUCCGUCAUCCAGAACCACACCGCUGAGCUCGUUGCCCCCAAGGCCAGCUGGGCCGAUUUCUGGCGCCACUACUCCCAGUGGAAGAAUGGCCGCGUCCUCCUCGGUACCGCUGGUUCUUGGUUCUUCCUUGAUGUUGCUUUCUAUGGUCUUGGUCUGAACAACUCCAUCAUUCUCGGCGCUAUCGGCUGGAGUGGUGGUGCUAACGUCUACGAGUCCUUCCGUCGCAAUGCCGUUGGUAACCUGAUUCUCAUCUGUGCUGGUGCUAUCCCUGGUUACUGGGUGACUGUGGCCACCGUUGAUACCAUUGGCCGUAAGACCAUCCAACUGAUGGGCUUCAUCAUCCUCACCAUUGUCUUCAUCGUGAUCGGUUUCGCCUACGACCCUCUUCUCAAGUCGAACAACGGUCUGCUGGGUCUCUACGUCGUUGCCCAGUUCUUCUUCAACUUCGGACCCAACGCGACCACUUUCAUCGUCCCCGGAGAGUGCUUCCCUACCCGUUACCGUUCCACCUCCCACGGUAUCUCCGCCGCCUCUGGCAAGGUUGGCGCCAUCAUCGCCCAGUGUGUGUUUGGCCCUCUGGUCCACCGUGGCGCCAAGGACUCCUCGUCCACUCCCUGGCUGAAGCACGUUAUGCAGAUCUUCGCUCUGUUCAUGCUGUGCGGUGUCUUCACCACUCUCCUCAUCCCCGAGACCAAGCGCAAGACCCUCGAGGAGCUUUCCGGUGAGGACACUGACACUCUCGUCAACCCUUCUCCCAUGAUCCACCCCGAGAAGGUUUCUGGAGAGAACAAGUCCGAGACUCUGCCCGUUUAA